AUGAUAUACCCUGUUAUCAAAAUUGAUGUCACAUCUCACAUUGCAGUGAGUACUAAAAGAUAUAGCCUAAUACAACGUACAUCAUAUGCCAUGAAUAUAAGAUCGGGAGACUGUUACAAAUUUUUGAAUGAUUUGUGCUACAUGGGUUAUACACAGAGACUUACUACCAUUUCCAGCGCCGGCUUUAAGGAAAUUCUAAGGCAAAUACUUCAGAUAUUGAAUCAAAAGUCCAUGUAUCAGCAAAUAUUUCUUCAGACUGAACAAUUAUACACAAAAAAUAUACAAUCACCUAUUGAAGGUGAUCAAAUUGACCAGCGCAGUACAUCUUUGCAUGAAUCCUCUGAUAUUUCUCCAAGUCAAAAUCAACACAUGACAUCUGUGGUCGAUGAAAGUAUCAACGUUCUUGCAAUAAAAGAAUACAAUGAUUCUGAUGUAGGUACGUGGCCAAAAGUACUUAAUGCUAGAGAUAUAGAUCGCAUUAUAAUAUGUGGACCCUCACCAGUAUGUCUAAAUAACUUUCCAAAAGAUGAAAAUGGGCGUCAUUUCUCUUCAACUCAUUACGCAAGAAAACUAUCAAACGAAGAAACUAUCAGACAACGGUGGCUAGUUUAUUCUGUAACAAACGACAGUGUCUUUUGCUUUUGUUGUCGACUGAUUGAUUUAAAGUCAACUACUAAUUUGACUACCACUGUGGGUUUCAGAAAUUGGAAACAUUUAAGUGAAGCUCUGAAACUGCAUGAAAAUAGUCCUAACCACAAAAAAGCAUUUACUCAAUGGACUGAAGCUGAAAUCAGGUUUAAAGCUGGAUAA